AUGGAUCCUUACAACUCAAAUAAUCUCAACUCAAGUUCACUCCUGUUCUCGUCACCCGGCUACACACCCGUCAUGGAAAACUCUUUUUCGGGUUACCAACAAAUGCCCAACGUUUUCAACCAACGAAACCAAUACCAUAUGCAACAACCCAACAUUCCCUUCAACCAAAUGCAAAUGCAACCAAACCCACAAACAUUCAACAUGCCAUAUCAACAAAUGCAAAUGCAGCAACUAAUGCAAAACCCGAUUAACAUGUCAUAUCAACCACCGCCACAAGCACGUCCAACACAAAUCGAGGAAGAAGAUGAUGACGUAGAGGUUGUGCCAGAAACGCAACCUCAAACUUCAAAAAGGAAAAAUACAAAGGAAAAGGGUAACAACCAAUCAAACGAUGGGUUUUGGCAAGAAAUCCUUGAUAUAUUCCACACGUUUAUGGAACAAGGCGAGUACAGAAACAUUGAUUCUAUCGGCUCCAAGUGGCGCAAGAUGAAUACGGUGAUCCAACGCUUUUGUGGGUUUUAUAACCAAACGCUCUCCAACAAACCGAGUGGGUGGAACCACGAAAAUGUUUUCCAUGAGGUGAUGCGUUUAUACGAAAAUGAACAUAAGAGUUCUUUCCCACAUGUCCGUGCGUGGCAAGUUGUAAAGGAUUCUCCAAAGUGGGCAGUGGUUCUUGAUGAGGUUGCAAGCGCGAAACGAGCAACCAAACGGCCUAAAACUUCCGAGUCAGGAAGUUAUAGCGUUGGAGCCUCAACCGGUCGUUGCCAAAUAAAUAUCAACGAAGAGCCCGAGUUUGACGAGGAGCCGAUUUAG